GUACCGUUCUUUUGAAAGACAUGAAAAAUUUAGAAUGAAUUUGAAAUUUUAAAAAUUUUUUUGUGUAAGCAACACUGUUUCUUAUCGAAGUGACAUAUGUCACCAUUUUCUGAUAUAACUUCGCAUAUUUUCGUGUCUCACGAGUGUGAAGUAUUCUGGAAAAUUUUUAUUAUCGUUUCAUAAAAUUUGAGUCGCAUAAGCAUUAAUAAAUGCGUUGGCUGGAAAAAAUAUUGAAAUAUGAAUCCAAGAGUAAUGAAAAAACAAAAUGAUAUAUCGAUAAUUGGGAAAUUGCCAAAACGGUUGCAACAAAAGUUCGCUGAAGGAGCAAGUGGCGGAAAUCUCGAUAAUGAUAUUAUUGAGGAUUCUGUGGAAAAAAAAUCUGAACCAAAAGUAUUCAGUAAGGAUGUUAUGCGUAUACAAAGCACUAGAAAAGAUGCUGAUAUCUCAGUGCAGCAACGUAAGCGUAACACUACUGAAAAGGAGUGCACAGUUGAUCCUUUUAAGAAAUUUCUUAUAGAAUCUAAACAAGAUUACGGUCAAAGUGUAGAUGAUUUAAUAAUCCCAGGGAUUCUACGUAUUGCUGUGAGAGAUAUAAAUUUCACAACCAAGUGUAAAGAAAACGGUGACGUAGAGCUUGAAAAAAGCCAAAAGCAAAAACGUCAUCUUCACAAAAAAUGUGACCAUAAACAACAUAUAGAGUUACCAGUUUCUCCAGCACGUCAAAAUAAUACCAACAAUUAUCCAAAAUGGUUUGACGCAAUCGAACAAUUUUCGCACAACUUUCUAAAGAAGUUAUACGAUACAUUGAAUGAUAUGAUGCAACGCCAAAUUGUAGUGAAGAACUGGGCAAACUUUAAAGAAAUUCAUGCAGAGUUGCUGGAAGUCAACGACUUUAUGUUAUUGCAUCAGCUAAAGUUAUAUUGUGAACAUAAAAUAGAUAAUUUCUUCUGGAAAUUACUUUAUUACAAUAUAAGGGAACAUUUAAAACUUGACGGUUCCGAAGAAGCUGAGCAAAACAUUCUCUGGUUAAUUGAUAAUGGCUUAGUAUUUUAUAAAAAUGUUUACAAAAAAUUAAUGGCAAAAUAUGUUUGUAAUAAAAAUGGUAUCAAUGGAACUAAUGGGUUGCCACAUUAUGGUUUAAAGUAUGAAAAUAUUGCCAUAGUGACUUUGCAGAAGAUUUUAAUUUUCAUGGGUGACUUAAGCCGUUAUAGAACUAAGCAACUGCAAUCAAAUGAUUUUAGUGAAGCUCACAAGUACUACUAUGAAGCGUUUACAUUAAUACCUACUAAUGGUGUGCCGUUUAAUAAACUAGGUGUCCUUUGUAUUCAAACGCGCAACAAAUUUGAUGCAAUUUAUUUUCAAAUGCGUGGUCUCAUGGCUAUUAAUUCCGUAUAUAUUGCAAAGGAAAGGUUAACUAUUAUUUACGAUGAAAUUCGAAAGAAGUACGAAGAGACUGAGUUAUCAUCAUCUCCAAUACAUCAGUAUAAAGAAAAUACUAUGCCUACCAACCGUAAAGAGAUCUGGGUAUAUCCAAAUGGUGUACGGCGUCUCCAUCGUGCAAUAAUAAGUAAAACCAGUAAAGUAACACUUAGUCAAGAAAAUCGUCUUAAUAUUUUGUCAACGGAAGAGUUACUACGUCGUUUUUUAUCUACUUUUAUCUACAUAAAUGGGAAAUUCUAUAAUGGUGUUGAUAUGGACUCCAUAGAGGCGUUUGAACGAAAGCUUUUAGUUCAAUUAAGUAUCUUGCUUAAAAGGAGUCCUUUGGUUAUUUCACGUUCAAAAUUGUUAAAAGUGGUUGCCUUAAAUAUCUUCGUUAUAGAACAUAAUAAAAAUAAGAAAGCAGCUGGACGUGAAAUACGUUAUCAUGCAUUUAAUUUCGCAAACCAAAUAUUUGGUUCCAUAGUUAAUAGAGCUAAUCAGUUGCUAAUUGACUAUAUUGAGACUGGACAAGCUUUCGAAAAAAAUAAUUUUACGGAUUUAAAUACUUUGUUGCAAUAUAUUAAAAUCUAUACUGAUUGGAUGUCACUUAAUAUUGACUUAUGGGAACCAAUACGCAAUGAGAAUAUUGUUAUUGAUUCAUGGUUUGAGCUGGAAUCACUUUUCAAAACCCUUUAUCAUUUACAAAAGCAUGAGAUGACAAAGCAUGAAAAUGUUGUUGUAGAAGAUGUUAUAUUGGAUGAAAACAAUUUUCUUGUUGGUUACAUACCAAUAGGUUCAAAACAAACUCAGUAUUACAAAGUGAAUGAUACUCCCCAAGAAACACAAUUUUAUGCACGUACAAUGAUAAUCUCACAAUUCAGAAGUAUUUUUGAAAAACAUGACAAUUUAUUGAAAUUACCCGAAGAUUUAAGUUUUGAUACGGAAGCUGAUAUAGAUGACGCUGCAGAAUUGGGUUUCAAAAGUUUAUCUUCAGAUGAAGACGAUGCUACCGAUAGUGACAAUAAUGAAAAUGUUGGCAUAAACAUUUCUAAACAAACAGAGCAUAUGACGCGUUUAACAAAACUUGAUGCAAAAAAGAAUGGUCAUGUGCAGAAUGGUUGUAAAAAUUUGGAUGAACUUUUAAAUUUUGUUAAUAAAACAUAUAUUAUAGAAGUGCGUCCAAAAUUUUUACUGUUAGACACUAACUGCUUUAUUGACUGUCUGAAAGAUUUCGUAACCCUUAUUAGUAAUCAUAAUCGUUUUAUAUUGAUCGUACCAUUAACUGUUAUAAAAGAACUCGAUGGUUUAUCCAAGGGUAUUAAGAGGGAAAUGGACAAAAAUAUAAAGAGAGAUAGAUUGCAACAUUAUGAUGAUGUGACAACGGCCGCCAAAAAGUCAUUAGAGUUUUUAAAAGCACCGAAAUGUAACGUUAAAUUUGUUACAACGAAGGGAUCUUUUAUACAUUCCUCCUUGUUUGGUUUGGUUGAAGAAGAAAAUAUUUCUAACGAUGAUAAAAUUUUGGCAAGUGCCCUUUCUUUAUGUAAAAAUAUGAGUAUUGAGAAGACUAAACGUAAUAAUUCUUUAAUUCGCACUGAACUGGUGGUUAUAACAACGGAUAGAAACUUACGUGUUAAAGCGCUUGCACGUAAUUUGGCGGUAAGUGGUCUCAGUGAAUUCUUGCUAUGGAUAAAUGGAUGCAGUACAUAGGAUUUAAGUUGGUUAUAACGGGUUAUUCAAGUAUUAAUGUAACGUAUGACGAACAUACACAUUAUCAUCGUGUUAUGCUGGUAUAAAUGCUAUAUUUCUGGCUGUUAGGACCAACUUACAAAACUAAUACAAUGGAUCACGCAAAGUAGCUGUGGUACGGCUUACGAAGUCAAGUGAACCCAUCCAAAUAAUAAAUUUACGAUCACAAAUAUUUGUGAACUCUUUUAGGAAUUUUACUUAUGCAAACGUGAGCAUUUUUUAUUAAUAAAUUUCAUUAACUUUAAAAUCAUUUAAAUCUUCAGUGGAUUUGUUCAUUAAGAUAAAGAUACGUAAUAAAGUUUUUGUGUUAUC